CGAACUCCGGGUUAGCGCGCGCCACGCGGGCGGGGGCUCCAAUAGAGGACAGAGAGGGAGCCAAGGGGGAGGAGGGGAAGUGCGCCUGGCUGUAGAAGGCGGGAUUGGAUCCCGAGGCGGCGCGGGCGCCGUUUUUUGGCAACGAUCCAGCAUGGGCGUGACUGGGAAGGCUCAGCCGCCCUCCCCCGGGACAAAAGGGGCGUGGAUUGAGCCCCCUAUUCGUCAGGGCAGUAGAGGGGUCGCGCUUUCCCGGGCCGAGGGAUCGGGCUACGGGGGUUCCUCCUUGAGCAGCUCCCGGGCGUCGAGCAGGCGGGGAUUGUGGGCGGUGUCAGGCUGCGAGGGAGGCGGAACCGCCGGGAGAGCGAUCCCCCUUCUCCCGCCCCCAUGUCAACAAGCGGGGCGCCUGCGCCGGGGGUUGCGCGUCUUUUCCUCUCAUGCGCGGUAUUUGCUUCCCGACCUGAGCCCGGGGUUUGGCCUAGAGCCGGCUGCGGCGGCGGCACAAUAAGCGGGCUCGGGCGCCUCUUUCCGGGCCUCCUCCCGGCAUCCACGGGACGCUCGGGAUGGCCGACGACUCGCCCAAGCGGCGCAAGGCCAACUUCAACGAGGCGGAGACGGAGGUGCUGAUAGAGCAGGUGCUGAAGCACGAGCAGGUGCUGUUCGCUGCCGGGCCCGGCAGGGCCUCCCCGGGCCACAAGCGCAAAGUGUGGGAGCUGAUCCGGCACAAGGUGAACCCGGUGGCCGCCUGUCCCCGCGAGGUGGAGGACCUCAAGAAGCGCUGGCGGGACCUGAAGCGCCGCGACCGGAGCAAGCUCUGCCGCGUCACCCACGGCCCCGCAGGGCCCCUGCUGCCCCACCCGGCCUCGCUCGGCCUCCUCCUGCCCGCCGAGGACGGGUCGCCGCCCGACCACCUCCGAUCCUACGGCGCCGGACUGCCCGCGCCCCAGGACGCGGUGCCCAUUCUCGGGGGCAUCGACACGCUGGACUUGCCGGGGGCUUCCGUGACGGACGUGGAUUUGACAGAAGAUCCUGGUCCAUCCCACCAACCAUGUCUAGAGAAGAUAAAUCUAAAAGAAGAGAUAGUAGUGAAGGUAGUGGAGCCAGAAGAAAGCUCUGAGGACAUGGCUGUGGUUCCUCCUAGCAAUGAACAACUUCCUUUUUUGGGGAUUCCAAAUGGAGGCACUUGUGGGAAAGUAAAAGCUAAAACAAAAACUCAGCCCCAUCCAGAUCCAGAUGAAAUUACAGAGGAGGAUCUAUUGCAGAUCCAGCAGAACCAGCUGCAUGUCAUCCAGUCUGGCUUUGAUAGUAUCAACCACAAUCUUCGGCUGCUGCAGCAAGGCAUGCAAGAUCUCAACAACAGCCUCAGCAUCAUGGCGCAUACAUUAGUGGCAAUAAAAAAUGUCUAUGUGAAAAAUAACGCUGGCCCAGCCACAUUUGCUACCAUAGGUACUCAAACCACAGCAGGGUACCUGAGUCCUGGGUCCCCCUUGGUUGAGGACAGAGUCAGAGUACCGGUGGCUGGAAGUAGUAGCAGGAGCAGCAGCUGCAGUUCUAGCUCUAUGUCACAAGACCCUGGCCCAUCAGAAUUUCCAAGGCCCCCACACAGACCCAUUAAGAAGGAGCAUCCAAACGGCUGCUACUAUUUCUGUUUUGCAGAUGUCUGAGACUUAACUACAUGAAAAGAAUCUGGUGAUUUAAGAGAGGCUGUUCUGUAUUCUUCUCCAGUAACUCAUAAUGGAGCAGACAUGUCCAGCUGUUCUCUAGAAUGCUGAAGACGUAAGAAAGAUCUUCACUCCUAUUGAAGACAUGUCAUGUGUAGGAGGCGUAACACUAGUUACAGCUGUUAGAGCCUAGUCCUGUGCACGUUUACUGAGAAGUCCCACCGAGAUCAGCAGAACAAAAUUCCAAACAAGAGUAUAGGAUUGUAGUAGUUAUCGUGUAGCUUUUGCAGUUGAUUGAUUGAUUGAUGCCUUGAAUAUUACAUCUCCCUUAGUCUUCUAUUUUCCCCGUGGAGAUGAGUCAAAAUUUGACUUAUCUGGCUCUUCCUGGUAUUAAUCUGACCAUUAAAAGCGACAAUACAGUAUGAACGCAUAACAGUAAUAUCUGGUGCAGAAUAUCAUACAAGCUGUUGUGUUGUUUUUAGCAAUCCAGACUGCAGAUUGAGAUUUAGUACUUUACUGUACUUUUAUUAAAAUACUACUACUGGAAAGAUGUUUGGGUGAAUAAGGGAGCAUUUGAAGUUUAGCUUCUCUAGGGUAUGAAUCAGUGUACUGAGCCAUGAGCCAAAUGCUUGUAAGUUAUCCUUGAUUGCUCUUAUUUUUUGUUGCUCAUGUUCAGUUCCAAGGAAUCUCCCCUCAAAAAAAAGACACACUGCUCAGAAUCUGGAGCAUGGUGGAAAGGCUGCCUUUGCUGCAUAAUUAAAAAGAAUUUGCCAAAAAACAGUUCUGAUGAGUGAUGUUAUCUUUUUGAUAUUUAAUAAUAUGGGAAAGUCUGCUCACCACGGUGUCUAUCUUUUGACACAUUUUGAAAACACAUUUCACAUGUACUUUAUCUAAAUUUUGAUUGAAGACCAUCAAAGCUGCAAGAUAUAGCAUCUUAAAUCUGUAUUUUCAUUAAUUUUAAUAACAUUUACCCUUACGAUUUGACAGCCCACAAAUCAUUGUACUGCAUUUUUUUGCCUACAAAUGUGGGAAGAAGCCGGCAUGUUUUCUUGUGCUGGCAGUGCAGUAUGACAAUACGGGAAUACUGAACCACUUCACUGUGCCACUAUGUAUAUUUGUGACUGUAGAGCUUUAUCUCUGCAUUUUAAACAUUUGCCAUCAGUCUCUUCAAUAUGUUUGUAGGGGGAAGUUUAUGUUCUAUGCAUAUUACUAAGUGAAAGAAUCAAGGCAUUUGAGAACUGUUUUUACUAAAAUAUUAAUGUAAUUUAA